AUGGCUAUUGCUAAUGCAGAAGCCCUCAAGUACAAGUGGGACCGGAAAACCCUAAAGCCUUACACCUCUGUAACAGGAAGUAAUGGUGCAUAGACUACCCUCUUAUCACAUGGCAAAAUGUACUUUGUCUACCAUGAGUAGAGUUUGGGCAGUUCCCCAAGGAGGACACAACCAAUGAUUUUAAAUAAAUAAUAAUAAAAAAAAAAAUUACACAACCAUUUCAAGAGAUACUCUGCUACCUUUCCUUCAGCUAUGUUGAACUGGCAAACUGAUAAAUGCAGCAGAAAAUGCCUCAACAAAGUUACAAUAGUUAGGACAACAAUGGUGAUCAUCUUAAUGUCUGGAUGGUUGGUGAUGUAUAAAAGCAGGUUUAUUCUUAAAACUUUGGGGGUAGAGGGUGUGUCCCAAAUGUUGGUGUGAAAUUUAAAUGAGCACUGCCUGGCUUGGAGCCCCUGUGCAGUCUGGCUCCCCCUCCCCAGCUGCUCUUAAACGCAAAGAAUUUGCUUGAGCUGCAUACAUAGGCUUAGAGGGGCAAACCUUAGCAAGUAAUGCAAAAAAAUAUUUAUGUAGCAUUACUCUGUAUAGGCUGGGAGCACUCAUAAAGCUCAGCCAAUCACUGCUGUUCAAGAAAAUGUUUGCAUUUGAGUAGAGGAUGAACCCAGACCAGCCCCUGGGGAACUCCCACUAAAACGUUAAACCAUUAAAAAAAAUCUUAAAGGUGAGGUUAGUUGACUCUGGGCACAAUUGCCACUUCAUUGAGUAAAGUGGGAUUUUAAUAUUAGUUAUAAAAUAAUCUUGCAUGAUGCAAAAAGUUUUAGUAUGAACAUGUAUAAACAUCUAACUGCUAUUUUUGUUUCAUAAUUCUUCUAGGUAGUCCGGAGCCGGCUAGAACAUAAAGGUAUUACUGUCCACAAUGUGCGGUUAAAUGGUUCUGCUGCCAGCCAUGUCCUUCACCAAGACAGUGGAUUAGGUUAUAAGGACCUUGAUCUAAUAUUCAUGGUGGACUUGAAACAACCUGAUGCUUUCCAGGUAGUGAAGCAUGCUGUACUGGAUUGCCUUCUGGACUUUCUGCCACUUGGUGUUAACAAGGAAAAAAUAACACCUAUGACUCUGAAGGAAGCCUAUGUACAAAAACUUGUUAAGGUAUGUACUGAAAGUGACAGAUGGAGUCUUAUUUCCUUAUCUAAUAAUAAUGGCAAAAACAUGGAGCUGAAAUUUGUAGAUACACUCAGGCGCCAGUUUGAAUUCAGUGUUGACUCCUUUCAAAUCCUUUUGGAUUCCCUUCUAAUGUUCAACCAGUGCUCUGAUAAAACAAUGUCUCAGAGCUUUCACCCCUCUGUGACUGGUGAAAGCAUGUAUGGAGACUUUGAGGAAGCAAUGGACCACCUACGCAACAAGACCAUUGCAACACGCAAUCCAGAGGAAAUCAGAGGUGGAGGGCUGCUCAAAUACUGCAACUUACUGGUGCGGGGAUUCAAGCCAAAGUCUGAAGUGGAUAUGAAAACAAUGCAGCGAUAUAUGUGCUCACGUUACUUCAUAGAUUUCCCAGACAUAAGGGAGCAGCUACGCAAACUGAGGUGUUACCUACAAGACCACUUUGUAGGAAUGGAGGACAAAAGAUAUGACUGCCUAAUGACCCUUCACCAUGUAGUGAAUGAAAGCACGGUGUGUCUCAUGGGACAUGAACGUAGACAAACACUUGCCCUUAUUGCCUCCUUGGCAGUACAAGCGUUAUCUGAGCAGUCUGUCCAAGCAGUUCCCAGUUUCACCUGCUACUACCAGCCAGCCCCCUUCAUAAGUGAUGGCAACUACAACAGCUAUUAUUUUACACCUGUCCAAACUGUGAUGCCAUGCAGCCAUUCCUAUCAGACAUGGCUUCCCUGUUGUAACUGAGCAAGCUGGACUGUAUUACACCCUUUCUUUGCCUGCCCUACUGCAUUUUAACUGAAAACUUGGGAAGAAUUUGGCUUCAUUUUUUAAUUAAGAUAUGUGCACUUUGGUACAAGCUUGUGAAUUUUUUACAUAGAUCAUGCAAUGAUUUCUUAUGUAUAUUCUCAACCUGCCAUUUAAUAUAGAACAAAUUUUCUUUAUUCUGCUCGUGAAAUACAUCAAAUAUGGGCAUGUUUCUUAGAUACAGGCUUUUUACACCUCAUUUUUCCACUUUAUAAAAAAAAAAAAAAAUUUUUUUUUUUUUUUUUUUUUGGGACCAAAGAGUAAAGAGCUAGCUCUAAGUGCCUGUAUCUAUGCAACACAAGGGUAAUCCCUGAUUGUUUUUGCUUCCAAAACCAGUCCUGUAGUUUGGUUUAGUAUUCCUAUUCCUGUAUAUUAGGUGGGGGGGAGGGGGUUGGUUUUCUCCUCCUAAGUUGGUUUGUCAGGUUUAAAAGAGCAGAUCUCAACUUCUUAAAUGCAGUUUAAGAUCUAAUCCAUGCCUGAUUCUGUAGGGACUCAAUAUCACUUUCUUCCUUCAUAGAUUUGUUACAAUGUUUUAAAACCUAUAACAAUUUGGAUGUUGACUGCCUGAGUCACUGGAAAGCUUAGAUUGCAAGUUAACCAUUGAUCUAUAUGAACAUGGUGUUCUCCGUUUACUGUAGCUUUACUUGGCACAUCUAGCAGAGCUAUCAAACUUUUAACACUUCAACCGUUCAGCUUUUGGUCAGAGUAUUUUCUGACCCACACUCCUGUGGCUUUACAGACUUGGUGUGACAUAACCAUCUGUGAUGCAGCUCCUUUUCAAUACAGCAGUGUUCUUUUGAUGUUUUGGGUUAGUAUUUUCAAGAGUCUGCCUGGCAAAGAUCUUUAAUGUGCAGAGUGACUUAUAAUACAGUUUUUUCAUGUCUCUUCAAAUUUUAAAAUGUACAUAUACAUUCUUUGUAGUGACCAAACGGUGUGGAAGUGUUGCAGUUGUCCUAAUGCAAAGGCAUGUGCUAAAAUAGUGUGUGGGUUUAGAAGAGCUGAAUGAUCAUGAAUAAAAAAAAAAAACUUUUGUGGGAUAAGAGCAGCAGCAGGAAGUACCUGAACAUCAAUGCCAGCAAACUUUUCAGAAGAUGGCCAGCAAAGACUGAAUUAUUAGUCCACUACUGUGCAACAAUGACCUGGCCAACUGAUGUAAAGCAUUCAUCUAAAACUUGGUAAAGUUCUUAAAAUGCAGCUUCUACCUACAGAAGUUUGACAAACUCUAACCCUUGCUGACACCCAACACCAUAACUUCAUUCCCCAAACUAAAAAUUACACUUGUCUUCUAUGGAAACUUAUCCUAGAACUGCCCUGCAGGAUGUCAAGGUAAAGUUUCACUGAAUGGCUUGGUAGUAGUGGUGAUGCUUCCUACAUCUCGCACGUCUGCAGAAUCAAGCUUAAUGUUAACUCUGAGCUGCAAACGGUUAGAACAGACCACUUGCAUUUACAAGCAAAUAGCUGUUGGUACUAUACAGAGCAUGAAAUAAACUAACACUGCCACUUGCCAGCAUUGAGUUAUAUUGCAUAAAUAGACUGUAUGGCAGCUAUAGGAAAGUAGCAUUAAAUCUCCGGUUUGGCACAUUUGUGGUCAGUUUUACACUGUCAUGUUAACUGUUCUGUUAAGUCCCUGUUGGCUAGCAGCAUGGAUGAUUUUAAUGUCAACUAUCAUUAAAAUACUAUUUCAUGCUGAAAAUAAACAUUUCUUUAGUAGCUAGACCUAAAGAACACAUGCACAUAGUUUAUGCAUGUAGUCAUUGGAGGGCAUAUUUUAGAACGGUUUGCAAGCCCUCCCCUUUGUCUAUUUACAGGUAAAUAACCAAUCAGAGGCUCUUCAUUGACGAGCCUCUGAAUCUGUGUGCAGGUUCAUCUGGUCUGAGGUCCACGGAGAAGGCAGGUGUGCUCAAAGAGCUAACUUAAGGAGGAAGCAAACCUCCAUGGAGGUGAUUAAUAAUUAUGAAACUGAUUUCUCCAUAGGAUACUAAUUGCAGAUAAAGCAUUUCAGCAAGCAUUAUCGAUGUGGAGUGGUCCUUUAACAAAAUGGGCCUCUCCCUGGGAAGGCCCACACGGCAUUCAAUAACACUCGAGACACUGACUCUGAGGAGUCUAGAUGUAAUGCAGCAAACCAGGUUUACAAGUCAAUGCUCUGUUUUGCACUUGUUUUUUUCCUUCUAAAUUAUAUGCAUUUAAACACUUGUUUCAUGCAUUAUAGGGAACUCUUUAAAAUACUCUUCAGAAUAUACCUAAUCUAUAUACAUCCCAAUAUCUGCUCCUAUACUGAAUUUUUUGACUCUAAAUUCCUACCUGAAGAAUCAGUAGUACUUUAUAGAUGUAGCGGUUUCACAGCUCCUCAGCUUUCUAGGAAAUGUUGUGUAUUGCAAAACCUUGCACUGUCUAAAUUGGCUUAUACAAUUUCUUUGUGGUGUGUCCUAAAUUUCCUCUUGCUGGAAGUGAUUUUUAUAAAAAGGAUGGCGAUUGGGUCAAAGUUGUAUCUUGCUUUUUAUCACAAUGUGACAUGUUCUAGCUGUAUCUUACUAGCAAGCUAAUUUUUGCUACUGUCUAGGACAGGGGUAGGCAACCUACGGCACUAGUGCAAUGCACGGCAAUCAAGGUGUCUUUGCACAGCACUCAAGGCUGCUAGAGCCAAACAGGCUCUGGCCUAUCAGAAGUCCCAGUAAAACUUUAGAUAUCUGCUAAUACAAAAAAGUGGUGAAUGACAGUCCUCAAUUUAUGCAUUGCAGCAUGUAGAGGAAGUGAUCUUGGAUCUGUAGUAGAGCAGCCUGCAGCUCCUGUCCUUUACCUUUACCAGGCCAGCCUGGUCCCCACUGGAACCCAGGAAAGUCACCCACACUACUAGAUCUACAGACAUGCAGAAUACCCCUCCCUUCAUACAAAUAAUAUAAACAGCCUGCUAACAAUCCACAUACAUGCACACAACCCCACAUGCAGCCUCUCACGUGCAAUACCCCAAACAGCCCCACACAUACACACACUACCAAACACACAAUGUGACAUAUCCAUCCACACACAAUUCCACAAGCAGCCGUCAUACACAGCCCACAUUCAUACGUAUCAUACACAAUACCAUAAACUACUAAUGAACAUAUAUGAUAGCUCCUAUACACAAAUACAAUAAUACAAAGCAAUCACAGUAAAAAUAACACAAGCAGAAUACGGCAGCAUACACACCUCAAUUUAAAAAAAUAGGACCGGCACACUACGGGACAUCACACUCCUAUAUCGGCACAGUGCUGCUAAAAGGUUGCCUACCUCUGGUCUAGGAAGUCACUAAAAUGGGGGGGAGGAAUAACACAUUCAAUUCCCUUUUUAUUUUACCGAUUUUUGAAUAUUUGUAUCUUUUCUAAAUGCCUGAAGUAAACCCUGCACUUUUGUGAAUGUGCCAUAGUGAUCAUAUCCUUGAAUUUUAGAAUUGACUAGUAAAUCUCUAUUUCUGGGUUUCUCUUCACAGUAUAGAUAUUAUUUUUUUUUUUUUAUUAUUAUUUUUUUUUGUAGUUCUGGUGAGGUAUAAUCCUUAUAUGCAAGCAUUUUCAUGCAAACACAUUGCCCCUAGGGACACCUCCAAGUGCCCACUCCUCAGAUGGCCACUGGCUGUGCUUCCUGGCGUGGGGGCACGCUGAAUUUUCCUUCUCUGGGGUGCUGUUUGGCCCUGCCCCUUGCGACUGGAUAAUCUGCAACUUUGAUGUUGUCAUGGGGUGGAGCCAGUGCCAGCAGACCUGUGCAUUGCUGGAAAUGAGGGUUUUCUGGAGCUCUGAGUGCUUUUCAAGUUUUAGUAUCAAAACAGAACUGGAAACCUGUCAGCCAUACUUCCAGUUCAGCUACUCUGGUCUUAAAUUUAAAUUUCAUUGAAUUCUUAAUUUAUUAAACUUUUUUUUUUUUUUUUUUUUUUUUUUUUUUGAGCGGUGGGCUAGAUUGUUAAAAACACCUGUAGUUCAGAUCUGCAGGAACCAUAUAGGAAGCAAAAUUACUUGCCUCCUACUUGGCAACAGAAUCACAAUGAGGAUACUCCUUACAUCAUAACUAAUACAGCAGGCUGUAGUGGUUAUGGUCGGAGUAAACCUUUGUGUUUUGGUGCUUCAUCUCUACAUGAGUUUCAAGUUUGGGUCACUGCCCUGUCACUUCUCUAAUUGAAAUAGAGAAAAAAAUAUAUAUUAUGCAGUACUUUUUUUUUUUUUUUUCAAAUAUUGGUAAACCAUAUCAAAUUCCCAUAGGCAGCAGAGUGCUGUACCUGGUCUAAAAGUCUAAUUGUGUAAAAUGAGUGCUCACAAUGUUAGCAAGGAAGUGGAUAUAAACUAGGAUCUGUCAGCCAAAUGAUUAACAAUCUUUAAUCCACUCUCGCACAAGUUAGUAAGGUGUGGGUUUUUUUUUUUUUUUUUUAACUCAAAGCAACUCUAGAUUUGACAUAAUCCUUAUUCCUGAAAGCCGUUUUGGAGUGUUGAGAAUCUGGCUUUAUAAAUCUGACCACUUACCCCCUCCCCCCCCCUCCUCUAAACUGUCAUAACUCUGCUUUUAAAUUUUCUUUCAUUCCCAAAUGUUAAAAUGUGUUUGCAAUUUCUAGACAGACUAUGCAGACUACAUAUAAAACCGUGUAGGUAUUCCAAACCUUCAAAUCUGGGCAGUGCAUGACUUUAGUGUAGGUGGUGUCUCUACUUGCGUUUUUAACACUACCAGCUAGGGUAAUGACUGUGGAGGAAGUAUAUAACUUGGGUGGCUGCCAAUUUUUUUUCUCCCCUCCUCUGACCAAAUUUAGGCAGCUCUCUCUCCAGAUUGGGAGUGCCUGACAAUUGGUGACUUCAGUCAUUUUUGAGCUGCCUGUUCAGCUCAUUCCCAGAAGCCCAGCUUCCAUACUUAACCUCUUAUCUACCCUUUUUUUUUUUUUGUUUUCUCAAAAUCAGUGUUUACGGUAUUGUCUCCUAUGGGUAAAAUUCUUACAACAAAAUGUAUUCCAUGUUGUGUGUGCCUUUUUUAUGUUUGUCUUGUUAUGUAUAUAAUUUUAUUCUUUUAUGGUAGCGGUGCCCAUUGGUUUCAAGUACUCUUGUUUCAACUGUUCUGGUGUCUCAGACAAUACUCCCAUAUUUUCUUUGCUGCAGAAGCGUAAAACUAUAUUUUUAUGGGGUGUUUAUUUACAAUAUAUGUACCCCCUUUAGUUGUGGGGUUGUUAUGAGCACUACAAAAAAAAAAUAAAAGUUUAUUUUCUCAGA